AGGCUAUAUUUAGGUUUUGUGUCUCGACCACGCAAACAAAUACACACAUCCCCACACACACACACAGACAGGCGCAAAGUUCGGAUGCCUAAUGCAUCUGGCAUCUGCUGUUGUUGUCGGGAAUGGGAAGACUUUCGGCAUUGUUUUCCCGGAAAAGGUUAACCACGGCCGAGACGCGGUUGCUGGUGGAUCAGCUUAAAAUAUCCUGCGGAAUCUUUCUGGAUCCUACCAUACGGUCGCCCAACAUCCAAGAAACCCGUGCGUUAAAGAUCCUGCAGAAAAUCGUUACCAGAUCCCAGCGGCACAUCAUCCAGUACGUACCGGACCGGGAUGCCAUAAUCGAGUGUUCCUUGAUACUGGUCCAGAACUAUGUGGCACAUCUUCGGCUGAGGCCCAGUCCACUGAAGCGUUGCCAGCGAGAGCCGUUCGCGAAUGCGAAGGUACUCUUCCAAGCUGCCAUUGAUCUGCUCGUUCCGGAGCUACUGAACGAAGUGAUCGAUACGAUUCUGAAGUUUCUCCAGACGGAAAACCUGUGGCAUGUGGAGUUUAUCUGCGUGGAAAUUCUGCUGUUUGUGCUCGAAUGUCAAGCACCUUCGGCUCCGCUGCUAUCGAAGCUAAUCGAUCGCGUUGAACGGUUUCUGCAGCUCUCCGACAUUGGGCAGGUUCGGCAUGUUCUUUCCGUGCUGCAGAACGUGAUCGUAUCGCAGCGUUGGGAUCUGAUCGAAUAUUCUGAGCUGUCGAAGUUGCUGCGCUUUUACCACACAAGCGUGAUGAUCGGGACAAGCCGCAAUCAAAUUUACGAACUUCGGCGAGGAUUCGAGAAGUGUCUGAAGGAUCUCGUUCCACUGCUAUCGGUAGCUGAUCGGUACGGAUUCUUCGUCAUGAUGCUGCCGCUCGUGUUCGACACCGACAUGUCGGACGAGGCACGGAUUGAGUUCGGAUCGACGGUAGAACAUGCCGCCUCGUACAUGAUACUGUACGAUCCACGCAAUCAGAAGCUGACAUCGGACGUGAGCCCGUUCAUAGUGGAGUAUCUGCUGCAGUGCAUCGAAUCCGAAGACGCGACCAGAUGCAUACUGGCCUGCAAAGUGCUGAUAAAGCUACUCGACCGUGGUCAACACAAUGCGGACCAGUUUCAAUCCCCUGCCGUCUUCCACAUGGACACUUACUACGAGAUUGUGCUGGCAACGGAUUUUACUCCUCUGCAACAGUUGCUCAUGGAACAGAGGAUCCAUCUAGAGCAUGCACUGCUACAAGCGAUAGAACUCCACAGCCAGCGUAAGAUGAACCUGGAAGUGUUCUACCAGCUGCUCUGCACACUGCUCGUCGAAGUCCCGGGAGGAUUUACUGCUUCCGCCAUCAGCUGUCUGUUGCUAAAGGUGCAAAAGAAGUUUCUGUACCAUUCGAUCGAUUCGCAGGCGGAAAUGUUCGAACAACCGCAACACGCGAACCGUAUCCAUGCCACCAUAAUGGCCGUGAUGACACUGAUCAACUGGAUCCAUCGGGCAAGGUCGAUGAAUGCGUACAUUACGAGCGUACUGCACAAUCGGUUCGAUCACGCCCCGAGUCUUAAUCCACCGCUGAGGGAACAGUACCGGUACGCUGCGCAUCACAUCUCCUGGUACGACAGUCGACUGUUCUUCGACACGCUCGAGAUUCGGUACAGCUUGUGGAAGUGUUUCCGUAUCUUGGAGGACAAAAUUCCCAAACCGAUGCGGAUGCGGUCCCGAUCGUGCGAUGAUCCCCGACGGCAGCUUAACGGUGGUGCGUUGAAUUUGUUUGCUGGCAUGUGAGAGACCUUGUAGGGAGCAUUCAAAAUUACACGUGGUAGAGAGUUUUGAGUUUUGUAUUUUAUUUGGAUAAAAAGUUGGCAAUGAUGUGAACAAGUAAUCUGAACUUAUUUGAUGAUGGCGAAUGGAAUGGUCCGCUUUCAGUAAAAGCUU